AUGUGUACAGCGCGGGGAGAACUCGUGAGGUAGAGUCCACGCCCACAGUGACGUCAUGCGGGAAGUUGGCGGGAGAAAGAAGAGUUGAAGGGAGAUAGAAGAGCAAACUCCGGAGUGCUGUGUGGUGACUGUCCUGGCAGUGCUGUGUGCAUCAUGGAAGAAGAACUGGGACUGUCAGACCAGGACUCUGAUGCUGGGAGUGAAGAGGUCCUGACUCCUGCAGAGCUCAUCAGCAAACUGGAGGAGGCCUGGCUCAAUGAAAAGUUUGCACCAGAGCUCUUGGAGAGUAAAUCCGAGGUUGUGGAGUGUGUGAUGGAGCAGCUGAAUCACAUGGAGCAAAAUCUACAGCGAGCUCGACAAGGUGACCUGAAGAUAAGUUUCCAUCGUAUGGAGAUAGAGAGGAUCAGGUUCAUGCUCAGCAGCUACUUGCGCAAUCGCUUGCUCAAGGUACCUGGUUUUUUAUACACAAUAAGGUGUAAUUGAGGUCACCCUCCAUUCUUAAGCUUAAUGGAGGCUUGGCUGUAUGCUCUGGUCAUGGUUGCCAACUGAUACAUUGGAAAUAUAAAUAUAGAGCUUCUUGACACCCAUCUCCUACUGUCUGCUCACUAUUGAUGUGAAGAGGGGAGCUCACAUUACUGUUCUUUAGAUAUCAAAGCAGCAGGAAGCCCU